CCACUUCCGCAUUCCGAAGCGCUCCCAGACCUGGCCCUCCACUACUUAAACGGGCUGAUGCAACGACUCGCGCUAGUCCCCGAACCCGUCGCCGAGUACUAAAAAACAAACACAACCUUUAGUUUCGCUUGUGCCUUCCGGAUUUCUUCCUGUUAUUAUUAUUUUUUUCCACAAUUGAAUUUUGUUUGUUAAAGGGCGCACAACAGUGUGCGGAUACAGUUGCACCAUUGACAGAAGACAUUCUCUCUGACGGCGGCGGAAGCCGGGUCGGACAUGAUGCCGGGACAGAUACCGGACCCUUCGCUAGCGCCGGGCUCCCUGCCCUGCUUGGGCCCGCUGGCGGGCAUCUCUGCCACCACGCUUACCGACCAGCUGAAAUUGGCCGCCAUGUUCUCCCCGCUGCAUUUCCUGGGGCGGCUGGGAAAGAGGCCGCUUGCCAUCAAGACGGAGAUGGACGAAGACGAAGAGAGGCGAAAACGAAGGCGAGAGAAAAACAAAGUAGCGGCGGCGCGAUGCCGAAACAAGAAGAAGGAACGAACGGACUUCCUUCAGAGGGAAUCGGAACGCCUGGAGAUGGUCAACUCGGACCUAAAAGCUCAAAUUGAGGAGCUCCGCUUGGAGAGGCAGCAGUUAAUGGUGAUGCUCAACCUCCACCGGCCCACCUGCAUCGUGAGGACCGACAGCGUGAAAACCCCCGAAGGCGAAGCCAACCCCCUGCUGGAGCAGUUAUCCGACGACUCCAAGUAAAAACAAAGGUUCUCCAAAUCCCUCACACUUCUACGCAAGCACUUGAGCUCCGAGGUGGACAUUUUUUUUUCCGGGAAACGGACAGAAACCGGAAACGCCGCCGGAUUCCGACGCCCGCCGUGCCUUGCACCAGCUCGUCAUUC